AUGGUCGAAAUUGAAGCGGAGAGGGAUUUACUCGUACCUUAUGGCACCAUUCUUGUCAUGUGUCUUAGUAGUCAGUCAAUCCUUGUUGACAGAAAAAAUAAAGAUGACGCAAGUAUUGCUUGUAUUGCCAAGAUUGCGAAGGACGUGGAUGAUGUCAAGUUCUACGGCAAUUACCAAUCUAUGUUAUCGAUGGCGGGGUAUGGUACCAUAGCUGACAUAAUUGUCAACAAAUUGAGCCUCGAAAAUGCCAUCCACACACUGGGGAAAAAAGACCACGUCCAACCGAAAAUAAUUGCUAGGGCAAUCUUGCAGCUAAUCCUUUUCUUUUGUGAGAGCGCGCGGUUCGAUCAAGUUGAAGCGCAUUGUUCCUACUUUCUAGAACCUACAAAAGAACGAAGUCACGUCUCAAUCUCCAACCUACCUAUGUUGUUGACUCAUUGGAAGAAACUCUCAAUCAUAGCUGCGAAAAGGUUGCAAAAUAGUUGUAGACUUGCCUUGUUGGAGAGCUAUGGCUUGACCACAAGAGAAAACGAGCUGAUUACAACUUUGGGGGACGCGAGGAAGGAGGUAAAGCUCCUGCAUGGGACCUCGCCCCUCGACGCACAUGAACUGGAGAGCAAGUAUGCGGUUCGUGGAUUUGAAGAGAGAGUCUGCUGCUGUCAAGAAGUCCACCUACUGGAGGGACUUUAA